AUGCUUUUCAAGUCACUUUUCGUCCUCGCAACAGCAGCUCUGACUGCCUACGCUCAAUCAGCGACCACGACGUCUGAUGCCGCAACUGCAACUCCAAGUGGUAUCACCCCGUGCAUCCUUUCAUGCUCGAGCCAAGCCGCUUCCGCAGGAGGGUGCUCCAGCUUCUCUGACCUUGCAUGUGUUUGCACCUCCACUGCAUUCCAGGCCGCUGCCGGCGCGUGUCUGCAGGCUAACUGCACUACUGCUGAGGUCGCUCAGGCCCAAGCACUUCAACAAUCUCAGUGCGCGUCACUUUCGGGGAACUCUACCACCACGAGCGCGUCAUUGACCUCACCCACCACAUCUCCCGCUACAACUGCUUCGGGUGCCAAAACUUCAGCAACCUCAUCUGGUGCUGCUACCGGUCUUGCACCUUCACUUACCCUCAACAGCGCAUUUGGUGGGCUCGUUGCCCUUGCUGGUGCCCUUAUUGGAGCGGCGUUCGUCAAUCUUGAGUUCGGCGUUAACGUCAGCCAGGACUACGACGUUCGGUUACUACGUACAUACCUAUUGUUUGGUGCCACUCUCCCCUUCAGGGCUCGAGGUAACCAGGCCAUGCAGUGUUUGAUUGUGAUAAAAAAAUAUGGGCGACCUUUCGGUUUCUGUGCCGCACAGAACUAUACCCUUCCUGAAUGUGCGCAAAUUUGUGCGGGGACGGCUGCGACGGCGGCUGGCUGUUAUUCGUUCUCGAAUAGUACUUGCGUCUGCGCCUCCCAGCCCUUUCAAGCAGCCAUUCAGUCAUGCUUCAAUACGAGCUGCAAUAUAACAACCCAAGGCACUGCUUGGCUGUAUUACAGCAACUUGUGCACUGGCGGUUCCUCGGCCGGUUCGGUGCAAGUAUAUUCUCAGGCCACUCUACUACAACCACGAGUGACCCGUAACCUCGAAUACAUCAUCAUCAACCCACACGUCCUCGCUGUCAUCCGUUGGGUCGGCGAGUGUGUCGUCUACUACAACCUCUGCACACCAAACUCCGACAUCAACUUCUGGAGCACUUGUGACUGA